AUGUUGCAAUCAUCACCGAAAGGCUCAUCUUCACUCUCCGAUAAUGAUAAUUCAUCGGAUUUGAAGAGCACAAUGAAUGAUAUUUCUUCUCAAACAAAUGAAAAUUCGGAUUAUUCUAUCCUUCCAAUGGAUGUUAUUGUAGACAUUCUCUCCUUUCUCAUUCUCUCCAAACAAUCCAUCAAUGAAUAUUGCAAUUUUCUUCAAAGUGUCCAUAACAAGAAUCAUCAUUCAAUUUUUAAUUUAUUCUUUGGUUACAAACAUUGGGAUAUACACAAAACACAUGUCGUGUUUUUAUAUAGAAAUUUCAUUGUGAAAGGAGAUUUAACACCCUAUGAAUCACGUAACCCGAGUGAAAAAGUUGAACAGGAUGGGUUUAUCAUGAAUUACAUUUUUAAACAUGCUCACACAUUGACAGUGGAUUACUGUCCAAUGACUGAUACCUACUGUCAAUCAUUAAGAAAGAAUAAGAGAAUUGAGAGAUUUACAUUUAUUGGAAAUAGAAAACAUUACCAUUCAGGUCUAUGUUCAGCAUUAAGAGAAUGUGAGAGCUUGAAAAAGCUGAAAUUAGAUUCAGUGUACGAUUGGGAGUUUACCAAGUUGUUUGAACUUGCUUCAUUGACCUAUUUGAAAUUGAAUACUGGAAUGAUGCUGCGAGAUUUUCCACCUCAGAAAUAUAACUUUGAUUUUAUUGUGGACAUUGAAGAAAAUCAAGGUUCAAUUAAGAAAAUUCUCAAAAAUGAAUUCUCAGAAUCUCGAUUGAAACAUUUAUCAUUGAUUUCAAGUGAAGGAUUUACAGAUGAAUAUUCUGUUUCCAACUUGAUGAAACUGCCUGCAUUGGAAAUUUUGUUCUUAGAAAAUCAGAAAAUAACCAAACAAUCCAUGCGCACUGUUGGACAAAGUAAUUUACGAGAAAUUUGUUUCGAGAGAUGUUUAAAUUUUUCAGAUAGUGGCAUGGAACAGUUAAUGAAAGUGAAACUACCAAAUUUAACCAAGCUAAAACUCUCUGGUUGUGGCUUUAACACAAGUAACUUAAAAAAGGUAUUCGAGCCAUCUAAUGGCGAAAUUCUAAAUCAAUUAACUUAUAUAGAACUAAGUAAGAAUCAAAAUAUGAAGGAUACUGCAUUUUCCAAGCUCGGCUCAUUCAAGUUUGAGAAUCUUGAUACUGUUGAUUUGAAUCAUUGUGUGAGCUUGUCUAGCAUUGGAAUAUUGACGUUUAUGAGAUCAUUCUCUGAGUGUAUUAGAACCUUAAAGUUAAGAGAAUGUAAUUUGGAUGAAACUGCUCUUGUGACUAUUUUGAAGUCAUGCUCCAAAUUACAAAGAUUGGAUCUUGAAAUGAAUAAUAUUUCAUGCACAAAUAUUGAGAUAUGUGAGAUUACAGACUUGUCUAAUUUACAUUACUUGAGAAUUGAGAAGAACAAUCUCACAGACAUUGAAUGGUUAAUUGCCCUUCCUCUGUCCAAUUUGCAACUGCCACGUAAAAUAUCUAAUUAUGGAACGAUGCAACUUGACAGACAAAUUCCUUGA